GGCAUCAUCGCCUCUGCCCAAGGAGAUUCCCUAAUCGCACACAUGCUCACGCACAUGCACAGGCUCACCCUCCACCCCCUCCUUUCAGCCAAACUCCCAGGCCAGGCAGCGUCGCCAUACGGAACAUCCUGCCCUCGACGGAGAGGGGGAGGAGAGAGGGUGCAUGACUGUGAGUGAGGAGAGGAAGAAGAGGAGGUCUGGCGUCUCUCGGUGGUAAAUGAUCACGCAAACUCCCAGAAACAGCCUGGAGAGAAGCGAGGGAGGGGGAGAAAGGAGGCCGCGUGGAGAUCGCAGGUGACCGGCGCGUAAAGUCCUGGAUUUAAGCGCCCGCGCAGAAGGACGGAUGGUUGCGCGGACGGGCGGCGCGCUGUGAAGUUGGCCAGACUGCCCGGGCACCGACACCAACUACAGAGUGAAGCAGCAGCAACAAGAGAGCCUUCGCCUGUCCCGACCCCCACCCGCACCCCCCCCAUCCUCAGCCUCCACCUCCCUGAAGGCAGCGGCGGCUCCGGGAGGCUGUGCCCGCGCACCUCUACCAUGAAGCUGCCUGUGCUGUUGGCGCUGACGGCGCUGCUCGCCGGCGCUGCCACGGGGCAGACGCGGUCGCCGUCCAUCGACGAUGAGGGCUCAGCGGGAGACCUUUACGACGACGACGACCUGUACUCGGGCUCGGGCUCUGGCUUUUCUGAGAUCACCAUAAGGCCAACAUCAGUGGGCGUGUCCUUCACCACAGAGGAGCCUCUUGUCUUCUCAACCACCCAGGCCACAAGCCCCGCCCCCUCCGCCUCACCUGCAGCAGAGCCCAGCCCCAUCCCAGAGGAUGUCUCCACCACCCCUCUGCCAACGGAGGCCGACGAAGAGAGCGGGGCCUUCUGGGACAGAGAAAAAGAAAGAGAGAUGGAGAGAGAAAAAGAGAGACAGAUGGAGAAGGAGCGGCAGAAGGAGUUGGAGCGUGAGCGGGAGAGGGAACGGGAGAGGGAGAGGGAGCGCCAGAGGGAGCGGGAGCUGGAACGAGAGAGGGAGAGGGAGCGAAUUCGGGCUGCCGCUCAAACUACAGCCGCCCCUCGCUCUCCCGGGGUCCUCUCUGUGGUGACCAGCAGCCCAACAGCUGGCACAGCGGAGAGCGCAGCACCCUCUGCUGGCUCAGAUGACCUGACCUUCUUCACCACUGAAGAAGGGGACUUCAAUCUGCCAACUGAGACCACCUCGUUCUACCCCGGCUUUGACCUGGAGAGCGUCACAGACGAGGACACGCCCACCACAACGGAGCCCACUCCUGAGCCUACGACUGCUGCGCGCACCGUCAGAGCCUGGGUCCCCUUCAGACCCAGAGUCCCCAUCACCACAGCCACCAAGGCGGCGCCAACAGAGAGAACCACACGGCCUCAGCCGCCCACAACGACACAGGAGGGUAACAAUGAGGUGGGCGCUGUGGGACCAAGUGGAGACUUUGAGAUCCGCAUCGGCCUCGGCGAGGAACCUCCAAUGGAACCGGAUUUGACGGGCAACACGGUGGAUGUCGGUGCUGGAAGCAGCUCGGCUGCGCAGCUGCCACAGAAAAACAUCCUGGAGAGGAAAGAGGUUCUAAUAGCGGUGAUCGUAGGAGGCGUGGUGGGGGCUUUGUUCGCCGCCUUCCUGGUGAUGCUGCUAGUCUACCGGAUGAAGAAGAAGGACGAGGGCAGUUACACUCUGGAGGAACCCAAGCAGGCCACCGUCACCUACCAGAAACCAGACAAGCAGGAGGAGUUUUACGCGUAACACUCGUGCACCAGGGAGACGCAUCGCACAGCGGGGGAGAAACAAGCAGAAGAAGAGAGGAAGAUACUCUAUGCUCUCCCCUCCUCCUCUUCCUACUCCUCCUUUUCCUCCUCUUCUUCUUUGUUGCCCCCCCUCCUCCCCAUCUGCUAGCCUCUUGUCUCCAAAACACUUGAGAGCGCCUUCCUCUUUCUUUGGGGACCUUCUUUUCAAUGAAAAUGAGGAAAAAGGAGAAAAAGAGGGGCAAAAAAAAAAAAAUCCAAAUAUAUUCAGCAAAAAUAACACGUACACACAAGAUGUUUUUAAAAGUAAGUGUUGUUAAUAUUCUGCAGAUUCUCUUGUUCUGUAUGUAAUGAUUAUUUUGUAAGAAACUUCUCCUAACCUGUGUUUUCCAACAAAAAACGUCCCUCUUCUGUUUCUACUGAGCAAACACAACAAGAGAAGAAAGGAUGGGGUGGGGCGGAGCAAGAUGGAGGAGAAAAAAAAAACAAUGGAUGGCUCCACUUUGCCCCUUGGAAAAAGGAAAAAAAAAAUCGCAGAGCAUCUGGUUGGCCGUGCAGAGCCCACAGGUCAAAGGUGAGAGGAAAGGUCGUUUCUGUGCCUUCCGUACCUCUGGUGCUCAAAAAGACACACACACGCAGCCACACAACCACGAGCUCACACGCGCACGCACACACCGGUACCUGCUUGACGGUGGCUCUGACCUCUCGCUCUGCUCGGCCAACCAGACCACGGUGCUCAGCCUUCGCCGUGCUUCGCAGCGUCGAGGAGCCAUCGUGGAAACGCCGGCCGGGUCGACCGGCGGCUCCUUUAAGCUGUACAAAGACUAGUUAUGGAUAGUAAUAAUAAUCAAUAAUAUAUCAUCGUUUCUGGGCUGGAUGGUGAGUAAUAAUAAUGAAACAAUAAUAAUAAACAGGAGGAUAUGUAUUUAGCAGUUUAAAAAAAAAGUUUAUAUGUAAAUAUCAGCGUAUUCUUUCCGGCAUCACUAACCUUCUGCAUGACCAUGAAGAGUUUUUAUCACCACUUUAGCUGAGCUGCGCUCUCGUCACACGGACGCACACACUCCUUCACACACAGCUGCAGACUGGAAACACCGCACAGACUUUAGCUCAUAUCAUCUGAACACAUAUCAAAGCGGACGUCAUCCGUCAAGAUGCUGAGCGGUCGGGGUCGACGUCAGAGCGGGCGGUCCCGUCGGGUCGCCAUCAGCAGGUGGUUUUAGAGAAUGAUCUGUUUGUGUAAAAGCACAAAUACAUGUACAGCCAUCGUGUCAUCCAUCUCAGACUGUCCGUUUUGCAUGCUUUUUUUUUUUUUUUAAAGCAUUGAUCGUUGGCCGGUUCGUGAGGGGAAGAAGGAGGCCUCUGGCAGGCUUUAAUUUAGGAAAUGCUGGAAGUUGCUCCCACGUCCACAAACAUUUGUUCUUUAAGUUUGGAGAGUAAAUCAUGACCUUUCCCCAAUUGUGGGACCACUUUUGAGUGAGAGGCGAAAGGAGGCUUUUAUCGAAGAGAUUGUAACAAUAACCACACCAGUGCGACUGGCAGAGUAGCUUCUCCUAUACUCAGUACUGUAGAAAAACAAAAAUGCAUGGGAGUCAAAACUAUAGUCGUCUGGGUGUGUUUGUGUGUCUGGAUGCCUGCGUGUGUUUUUUGUCUGCAUCAAACAAAACAGGGGUGCAGUGAAGUGUCUUGUGGUCGAGAGUGUGUUUACCUUCUCCAGCAGUUCUCACGCUCUUCCACAGACGGGUAACACGCCGUCUCCGCUCCUGUGCGUUAGAUCUCCCGCCUCAUCCAAGUGCGAAUGUGUCUGCGCCUCAUCCGAACCUGCCACCUGUGUGUGUGUCUGUGUGUGCGCACAACCUUGGUAUUUCACAGCAGACUCUUGUGUACACUGCACUAGUCUGUCCAAGUGUGUGUGCACGGUUUUUCUUUUCCGUCUGUUCACUGCUGAAUGUGGGACCGCUCGUCCCUCACAGUGGCUAUCACACACACACUGACUGUGUCUUCUCACUGUCUGUCUGGCUCGUCUACCUGUCUGUCCGCGCCACGACAGACGGACGGACGGACGAGACGCCGUCGUCUCACAGGCAGGAAUGAUCUUAUAACACGUACUGUCUUUUCUAAAGUGACUGUCAAAAGCAAAGUUGUGCGUUUGUACCCAUUUAAGCCUGCGUAGCCAAAUAAAACGAGCGAGUGUGAGAAAGAGGUGAAUUUGUAGGUGUGUGUGAGUCAAGGUCAUGACAGAGCGAGCCUGUGUGUGUGUGUCUGUUUGCGUGUGUGUGUGUGUGUGUGAAGCCAAGUGAAGGCUACACUCUCUAUGUUUGCUGUUCCCAUUCCUGUUUUUAUACAUUUGCAUUUUUUUAAGGCUGAGUUUCUGUCAUUGGCUGAGUGGGCGAGAGGAGGCGGAUCCUCCACGCCACCGCCCUGUCACUAAUCUGCCACUCUGUUCCAAAUAAAAAAAAAAACCUCAUUGGGUUACAAACUUG